GUCCCCUGAGGGCCCAGUGACUGUGGCAGCAGUGUCCAUCUUGCUCUCAGUCAAGCCUCAGUGACCUGUUCUACCAUCUGUGUACCAUCCCUUUCUCCCUUUGCCCAUUUCGUCAGUACUUCUCCCUCUGCACUGCUGUGUGUUUCCCCAGCAGGUAAAUGGCAAGCAAGAAGAAAGAAAUCCAGUUACAGACAGUCAUCAAUAAUGAAACUCUGUGGGAAGAAAUGCUGCAGAAUAAAGGCCUAACAGUUAUUGAUGUCUAUCAAGCUUGGUGUGGACCUUGCAAAGCAAUACAGGCUUUGUUCCGGAAACUGAGAAAUGAACUUUCAGCGGAGGAAGAGCUGCUACAUUUUGCUGUGGCGGAAGCAGACAGUCUGAUUACCCUGCAGCCUUUUAGAGAUAAAUGUGAGCCACUUUUCCUCUUUAGUCUUAAUGGCAGAAUUAUAUCAAUGGUUAAAGGUGCCAACGCACCACUAUUAAAUGCUAAAGUGAUACAACUAGUAGAAGAUGAAAGGAAAAUUUUAGCAGGGGAAAUGGACCGCCCAGUGCUUCCUGAAAUAAUGCUUAUUGAUUCUGAUGAAGAUGAAGAUGUGGGUGAAAUUCUAGAAGUACCCGUGGAGGAUACAUACAAUGUAUUGAUAAUAAGACCAAAUGCUGUGGAAGAAGAAAGAGUAGAAGAAAUUAGACAAUUGGUGAGUAGGCAAUUGAUUGUGGAUUUUGGCGCUAUCAUAGUAGCAGAGGAGCAGAGGAUCUUAUAUGAUGAUCAAGUUAGAGAUUUUUAUUAUGACAUCUCAGAAAAGUUUGAUUUUGAAGAUUUUGUCUUAUAUGCAACAAGUAACCCAAGUUAUAUUCUGGGCAUUUCUAUGGGAGCCCCAAUAAAAGAAAUUGAAGAAGAAGAAGGAGGAGGAGGAGGAGGAGGAGAAGGAAGAGAAGAAGAAGGAGGAGGAGGAGGAGAAGGAGGAGAAGGCGGAGAAGGAGGAGAAGGUGGAGAAGGAGGAGAAGGAGCAGGAGGAGAAGGAGAAAAAGAAGAUAAUCCAGAAGAAGAAGAUGAUGAGGCAGAAGAAGAAGAUGAUGAGGCAGAAGAAGAGGAUCAACUAGAAGAAAAACUGGAUUACCUAGAAGGAAAAGAUGAAUCAGAAGAAUCAGAUGAAGAGGAAGAAGAAGAAGAAGAAGAAGAAGAAGAAGAAGAAGAGAGGCCAAUGAGUUUACGAGAGUUUUUGGAAAGGCAAGACCUGUUAGAUGUUUGCGACCUCAUUGACGAUCCAGGGCAGGCCAGGAGGCAUAUCAUUCUAUUUUUUCCAGACUUUGCAAAGACAAAAAAUCUCGAGUUGUGUGUUGAAAGGACACUGGCGAUAAUCAGACCUGAUCUCCUAGACGGAACUAUGGAGAACGUCAUAGAUCUCCUCCAGAAGGAAGGCUUUGUUAUCAAGAUGCAAAAAAAGAUGUCCUUGACAGAGGAGGAAGCCCUAAUAUUCUACGAUUGUUUCAAGUACAGGGACUUUUUUCCAGCUCUGAUAGACCACGUGACCAGUGCUCCAAUUGUGGUGCUUUCUUUAGAACGAGUAAAUGCCGUACAUCACUGGCGAUACAUACUGUAUCCAACAGCUGAAGAAGAAAUCCCCACCAGUUUGCGGGAUAUUCUUGGCCCAGAAAAUUGUCUGUUUAAUCAACUGCAUGGAAAGGAUUCCCCAGAUGCCGCAACUGAAGAAACUCGCUUCUUCUUUCCUUUUGAAUACACUGUGGCAUUGAUCAAGCCCCAUGCCUUCCAAGAUCUGAGAGGGAAUAUCAUAAGACAGAUUCAAGAAGCAGGUUAUUCAUUGUCCCACAUGAAGGAAAUUCAGUUAACUACAGACAAGGUUGCAACACUUUAUCCGGCUCAUAGAGAAAAAGACUUUUAUGAAGACUUAGUGUAUUCCAUGACUGAGGGUCCCUGCAUGGCCAUGAUCAUAGGUAAAGAGAACGCAUUGGAAGAUUGGAGACGCUUUGCUGGCCCAACAGACCCAGAAGAAGCAAAAAAGGUUGCCCCCCAAUCCAUCCGGGCUCUUUUUGGGAAGGACAUCUUGAACAAUGCAGUACAUGUGUCAUCUAACAAACAACAUGCUAUAAAGACCAUUGAGCUACUAUUUGGCGACAUUGAUUUGGACUUUGAGGAGCAGGAUAUCUAAGCUCCUAGCAGAUAUUGCUCUAUUUCAUCAUUAUGUGCUACAGAAGUGAAAUAUGUGGUGUACCUUCCUCCCUCCUGCAACAAUAGGACAACAGCCUCUUGGGGGUAAAGGAACAAAGAUAUCAACAUAAAUAAAACAAAAAAAAAAUGAAACAA